AUGAGCAUCGACUCGUUCUGCCACGACCCUGAGGGUUGGGGUCCGACGAGCCAUACUCGCCCCGAUCUGACACCAUGUGUGGAAAACACGAUCCUGCUUACUCUCCCAUCCCUCAUCGGGGUUCUCUACUUUGGCUACUCUGUCUUCUCAAUGUCGCGACACGGCAAACCACACAAUCUCGGUCGCACAAACAUCAUCUACUGGCCAUCUCAAUUCUUCAUCCUCGCCAGCGUCGUGGCCUUGAUCGCCAGAGCUGCCGUCCUCAACCAGUCUGGUUACGUCCCCGCCACCAUGCUCAGCACCAUCUCCCUCAUCGUUGCUUGGGCGGCGGCAAUGGUUCUGAACCACUUUCAACACCAACAAGAAAUCCGCUCGUCCGAUCCAAUCUUUACCCUCUACGUCUUCACCCUCGUCGCAAGCGCAAUCAACAUCCGCACAAUGUCCCUCCUCAACCAAACCGAUCAGGCCCAGUUUAAGGCGUUUAUCGCCUUCUUUGCCUUCAGCUUUGCAGGAUUCAUUGUCGAGGCUUGGCCCCGAAGCGGGACACAGGUCCAAAUCAAGAGUGGCGCCAGUCGAUUCGAAAAGGCAAACCUCUUCUCGCGUCUCUCCUUCGACUACCUGCAGCCCAUCAUCACUCAGGGAUACAAGGCCCCACUUGCUGCAAAGGAUAUUGCCGGGAUGGUGCCUCGUCGCAUCAAGACCGAAUUCAGUCACGAUAACCUCAACAACCACUGGCAAAAGGCUAUCGCCAAGGCCGCUGCCAAGGGCACCAAGCCUAGUCUGUUCUGGACCGUCAUGACCUCGUUUGGAUCUCUGUGGGUUCCCAUCAUGGUCUACCGCAUUAUCGCCUCGACCUUGACCUAUGUUUUGCCCACUCUCUUGAACGAGCUGUUGAGCUUCAUUGGAUCGUAUGACACUGCCAACCCACAGCCUGUUUCCUUGGGAGUGAUCCUGGCGUUUGGAAUGUUCUUUGCCUCGCUUUUGAACUCGUUCUUUAUGGCCCAGUACUUCCAGGGUUCGUUGGAUGUUGGUGUUGAGGCCAGAACGGCGCUCAUUGCCAUGAUCUACCGCAAGUCGUUGAAGCUCUCGAGUGCUGCCAAGCAAAAGUCGACUGCAGGAGAGAUCAACAACCAUAUGAGUGUUGAUGCCGAGCGCUGGAACGACGCCAUUACCUUCUUCCCCAUGUUUAUCUCCAUCCCAUACGAGUUGUGUAUUGCCCUCUGGCUUUUGUACCAGCAGAUCGGAUGGUCGGUGUUUACGGGUCUAGCUACGAUCCUCAUCAUGAUCCCCGUGCAGGGCAUCGUCGGCAAGUACUUCACCAAGGCCAAGGCCGGCAAGCUCGAGUCCAUGGACGGACGCAUCCGCAUCAUGAACGAAAUCCUCUCCGGUAUCAAGAUCGUCAAGCUCUACGGCUGGGAGGACUCCUUCAAGGAGCGCGUUGCCGUCUUCCGAAACCGCGAGCUCUCCAGUCUCCGCAAGAUCGGUACCAUCUUCUCGUACAUGUCGAUCAUGUUCCAGUCGAUGCCUCUCAUCGUCUCCUUGGUCGCCUUCACCGUUUAUGCCACCGUUGGAGGACCCAACUUUGGCCCUGGUGAUAUGAGUCCCCAGAAGGUCUUUGUUUCUAUCUCGCUCUUUGGCAUGCUCAACCGUCCCAUUGGAAUGUUGUCCCAUAUUAUCGCUUUGACUAUCAGUGUUACCGUCGCAACCAACCGUAUUCAAAAGUUCCUCUUGGCGGAGGAAAUCUUGGGCACCACCACCGAGUCCAUCAAGACCCUGCCAGAGGAUCGCACCAUUCCUGUCAUCGAGAUCAAGGACGGUGUCUUUGCCUGGGAGACCGAGGGCCCUGAAGUCGAGAACCCCAAGGAACAAAAGGCGCGCGAAAAGCAGGAAGCCAAGAAGCAAGCCCAGCUUGAGAAGGAGGCCCGCAAGGCCGGAAAGCCCAUCCCCGUGAAAGACGCCCAUGUUGAGAAGGACUAUGGCCCUACCUUGACCAACAUCAACCUCGCCAUUGCUCGCGGUGACCUGACCGCUGUUGUCGGACGUGUCGGCCAGGGCAAGACCUCGUUGUUGAAUGCCAUUAUCGGAGACAUGUACAAGCGCCAGGGAUCGGUCCGCGUCUAUGGCAGAAUGGCCUACGUCGCCCAGCAGGCUUGGAUCGUCAACGCCACCAUGCGCGACAACAUUUUGUUUGGAAACGAGUUUGACCAGGCUCGCUACGACCACGUCCUCAUGGCCUCUGGAUUACUUCCCGAUAUCGAUAUGCUCCCUGCUGGCGACCAGACCGAGAUUGGCGAGCGUGGAAUCAACCUGUCUGGAGGCCAGAAGCAGCGUGUCUCGCUUGCCCGUGCCGCCUACGAGAAUGCCGAUGUCUACUUGUUUGAUGACCCCCUAAGCGCCGUUGAUGCCCAUGUUGACCAACACCUCUGGCAGCACUUGAUCGGACCUACCGGAUUGCUCAAGGACAAGACUCGUGUCUUGGUCACCCAUGCCAUUCACCACUUGGAGCACGCAGACCAAAUUGUUGUCAUCAAGGACGGAGAGAUCAGCGAGACCGGCAAGUACGAUACUCUCAUGGACGCCCGCAACGCCUUCUACCAACUCAUCAAGGAUUACUCUGUUAACGAGGGCAAGAAGCGCAAGGAAAAGACUGUGGACGGCGAAGUCGCUGAUGACGAGAGCGAUGCUUCAACGCAGGCUGGGAUCGACAAGGAGGGCAAGGAGGAGGUCGCUGAGGUCAAAAAGGAUGACAAGGCUGGUCUGGUCUCUGAGGAAAAGAUGGUUCAUGGUAGUGUCGCCUGGGGCGUCUACUCGAUCUACGCCAAGGCUGCGUCGUACAAGCUGUCUAUCUUAAUUGUUCUCUUCUUCUUGGGCUGCCAGGGCAUCCAGAUCGGCACCAAUGUCUGGCUCAAGUACUGGACGACCCAGAACGGCGCCGAAAAGCACUCUGUCGGCGAGUUCCUGGGCGUCUAUGCCGCCCUUGUUAUUGCCUUCCUAAUCAGCAACGUCACUGUCACCUACAUCACCAUGGUCAUUGCCGCCAUCCGCGCUUCUACUAUCUUGCACGAAGGUCUCCUGUCAACGAUGCUCCGCCUGCCCAUGUCCUUCUUCGACACCACCCCUCUCGGUCGUAUUGUUAACCGCUUCUCGAGCGACAUCUUCAGCAUUGACGAGCUCACCCCAUGGAACUUUAUCAACGUCUUUGUCUGCGGUGCUUCUGUCCUCGGAACAAUCGUGGUCAUUGGUACAACCACCCCUAUUUUCCUGGCCAUCGUCCCUCCACUCGUGGUCCUCUACCUCCUCAUCCAGACUUUCUACAUUCGCUCGUCGCGUGCCCUCAAGCGUAUCGAUUCCGUCUCCAAGUCGCCCAUCUACCAGCACUUCAGCGAGACCCUGGCCGGUGUCACCACCAUCCGCGCCCUUGCCGCCAACGACAGAUUCAUUGCCGAGAACGCCGCCAAGGCCGAUAUUGCUGCCAAUGCCUACUUCGUGUGGGUCUCUACCAACCGUUGGCUUCAGAUCCGUUUGGAGGCUUUGGGAGCGAUCGUUGUUCUUGCCGCUGCCUUGUUUGUGGUCCUCAGUCGGUCCAGUCUUGGUUCUUCCAGCGCCGGUCUUGCCAUGUCGUAUGCUCUCAGCGUCACCCUGGAUAUCACUUGGCUCGUUCGUUCCUACUGCGACCUUAACAACCAAUUGGUUGCGGUGGAGCGUGUGGACGAGUAUGCCAAGAAGAACCCCGAGGCUCCUUCAGAGACGGACGUUGUCCUGCCCGAGAACUGGCCCCAAAACGGUCUGGUCGAAUUCCGCAACUACUCAACCCGUUACCGCGAGGGUCUCGAUCUUGUCAUCAAGAACAUCUCCUUCUCGGUCCAGCCUGCCGAGAAGGUCGGUAUCGUCGGUCGUACAGGUGCCGGUAAAUCGUCCCUCACUUUGGCCCUCUUCCGUAUCGUCGAGGCUGCCAACAGCCACUGGGCCAAGGCUACUCAUAACGGCGCUGAUCAGGACGCCGACCCGACCAAGACUGACAAGAUUGCUGACCUGUCCGAUGUUAACGUUGAAGAGGACGGUGGAUCGAUCUGGAUUGAUGGUGUCGACAUCUCGACCGUCGGUCUUCAGUACCUCCGCCAGCACCUUGCCAUCAUCCCCCAGGAUCCUACCCUGUUUGUCGGCACUGUCCGCGAAAACCUUGAUCCCUUCGACCAACUCCAAGACGCAGAACUCUGGGAAGCCCUCGAACGUGCCCAUCUCAAGGACCACAUUUCCUCCCUCGCCGGCGGCCUCUCCUUCAAGGUCUCCCAAAACGGUGACAACUUCUCGGUCGGCCAACGGUCGCUCAUCUGUCUUGCCCGCGCCCUCCUCCGCAAGACCAAGAUCCUUGUCCUUGACGAAGCCACGGCUGCAGUCGAUGUCGAGACGGAUGAGUUGAUUCAACGGACGAUCCGAAAGGAGUUCAAGGAUAGGACGAUCCUGACGAUUGCCCAUCGUAUCAAGACAGUUAUGGAUUCUGACAAGAUCUUGGUGUUGGAGAAGGGUCGUGUUCAAGAGUUUGAGGCGCCUGCGACGUUGUUGAAGAGGCCCGAUUCGUUGUUCUUUAGCCUUGCUCAACAGGCUGGCGAGAUCAAGGACCACGACGAUUAG